ACCUAUCUAACAAUUAACUUAAUCCUAAUUAGCUUAAUUGUAAGCAACUAUUCUAUUCUUAACAAGAUACACGUCCAGUUCAACAGGUCAUUGGAUUCCUGCUUGUCCCCGGACCCCAUCAGCAGCAGUACUAGUAAAUUCAAAUCGGCCACGCACUCCAACAAGUUUGCAAAGGCAAAGGCCACAGCUCCAGCACCGCAAAAGCCACAAAAGCCCUGCACAACUCCGCAUGCCAGCUCGCUACGUGCCGAGGUGCUCCCCCUCCACGUGCCGACUCCCGUGUCCUUUCUCCACGCUUCCCGACUUCUUAUAGCGCGAAUGGCGGCUCCUGAAUCCUGAUCACAUCGUCUCUCACAUCCCCAUCCCUACCGCCUUGCUACUACUUCGGGCCCGAGCACGAAGCCAUUUUUGCAUCUCCGCGAGCGACUUGAGAGGCUGAGAUCGGCCUUGCGGCGUAGGGGAUGAAGCGGCUGCUCGUUCAUGGCGGGAGGGCAAUCGGCUGCCCCUCCAGGAGCGCCGUGGAAGAUCCCACCGCCCUGCCCGCGCUUGGCAACGGCGUUCUACUGCCCAGGUACCACUCGACAGAGAAGCACGACGACAGUGACACGCUGGGCGAAAUCGGGGAGAAGGCAAGAACGACGGCGGAGGAGUUCCUGAAGAUGGCCAAGGAGAAGACCGACGACGUCGCGGAGGGCGCAAAGGAGACGGUGCAGGAGACCAAGGAAGCGGUGCUCGGCGAGUCGGACGACGAGAAGGACAAGUUCAAGCAGCGGGUCGAGCAGGGGAGGUACCAUCAGAAAUAAGCGGGAGGUGUUCCCUUUGCUGUAUGCUCGCGUGCGUGCAGUCAUGGCCUGCCCAAAGCCAUUAGCUCUGCAGUUUGUAUGUCAACCACUAGGCUUGGAGUAAGGUGCUACUGUAUGUGUAAUGUUUCUUCCCCCUUCAGUUCAGUGGCCUUCAGCACUGCAAUGUGAUCUUGGUGCUAUACAACUUGCCACUUGCCGCAGAAUAAAUAAUAUUGAGCUUCUGAAUUAUGUA